AUGAUAAUCAUUUUGGUUUAAAAAACUGUAAAUUGUUUAAAAUAGGACUGUUAACAUAAUAUUUUUAGAAAAAUUUUAAUAAAAAUAUAGAAGUUAAUUCAAAAUAAAAUCUUUACAGAUAUCAAAAUCACAUAUUCUAUAUUUUAAGGUAAAUGAUAUAUAAGAAAAAUAAUUGAUAAAAUAAGCCUGUCAAGUCUUAAGUGAUGACGAAAUUUAGAAAAUAGACACUUAUUGGAUGAGUUUAUAAAAAGAAACAUAAAAAAGUGCUGUCGUUAGAUAACUAACUUUGCUUAUGGAUUGCAGAGAAUAUCUAAACUUGAUAUAUUUAACAUAUGAAUUAUUAAUUAAAAUGAGUGACAGUAUUGAUAUAAAUGAUAUUAUUACUCUGAAUAGGUAUUUUCAUUUAAAUAUGAAGAAACAUCUAUGGAACUUAAUAGUAAAACAAAGAAAGCAAGAUACUUUAAAAACCUGCAGAUGAUUCAAGUUUAACAAUUGAUAACAUAUUAAAAGGAAAUCAGUAUAGAAAUAUGUCUAAAUAUUAGAGCAUUAUAUGCUCCUGUUGCAGUUAAAACAGAAUAAAUAAAUGAAAAGAUUGUUGAGGAAUCAGCUGAAGAGAAAACUGAUUUCUUUCAAGAAGUGUAAUUAUUAAGUAAAAUCCCUGAAAUAACUUCACUUAAUUCAAUCUACAAUUAUAAGACUAUUUUUAAGAAUGAUGGAAUCCCUUAUGAUGAGGUAAAAAAUUUAGAUAAAAGUACAUAAUUAAUCAAUAGAAAUAGCAAGAAUCAAAAGAAAAGAAAGAGAAUAAAAAGGCAGCGAAACAUCAAUUGCAAAAGAAGCUGUUGUUGUCAAAAAACAAUAUGUAAGACUCUACAAAAAUUAAAUUUCAAAAUUAUGUUUCAUCACUCCAAAAAGUUUAUUAUUGACAAGCAAACAUUUAGUAAAUAAUACAAAGUGGGAAAAGCAUUUAAAUCUAUAAGAUUUUGGAGGAUAAAGACCAUCAUUAUCAAUAGUUUAAGAAAAAACAACUGGACGCUUUUACAUCUAUGAUAAUAAAUUAGGAAAGGUUCAUAUAUAUAGUUCUGAUAUGUUAAUAAAUGAUAAUAAGGAUAAGCCACUUGUAUCAUUGAAUUUAAAUGAAGACAAGCCAAGAUAAGAUCCACUUCUAUAUUUAAUUGAAUGUGAACAUGAAUAUUAAUGGAAAAGUGUUUUACUUGUUAUAGGUGGACAUCAUCUUUAAAGGGGAGAAAAGAAGCCUUUAAAAACAAUAAAGGUUUUUGAGAUAAAACGUAGAGAAGUGACUUUAACUCCUGUUCUUACUAUAACAAUGACUAAAUCAAGAAUGAAUCCAAUCGUAUUUGAUUUAAUAAAAGAUAAAGGAAUUAUUUGGCAAGACAAAGACAAUAGAGAUAAAGAAAAAUUUGAUCCUUAACAUAGAUCAGUUGAUUCUAAAUAUAUAUUUUUUAUGGGAGGCAAUCCUCUUUUGGAAUAUGAAAAAGAAAUAAGUUAAGAAUUAAUAGAAGCUAAUUAAACUUGUGAAUAUGUGAGUCUAAAAUUGGUAUUAGAACAUAUUGCUAGAGCAAAAUUAGUAAUUGUAAAUUUAUAAUUAGUUUUUUUAAACUGAUUAAGCUAAUUUAGGAUUGAAUUUUGGUAAAUUUUCAAUUGUUGAUACUCUAACCAUAAAAUAUUAAAACAUUGUAGCUACUCAAAAGGUUUAUAAUCAUUUUUAUAAUGCUUCUGUUACUAAAAUGGUAGAUGAAGUUUUUUAAUAAAAAGGAUUAAUAGUAGUUGGAGGAAAUACUUGUUAGACAUUUCAAAUAUAAGCUAUAUCAUUUAAAUUAAAUGAAAUUACUUUAAUUGGUUACAAUAAAUAAAUUUCAAAUCCUUCUCUUAUUCAUUCAGCAAGUAAUUUAAGGUUUCUCUUUUUAUUUUAUAAUUAGAUAUUUUGAAAAAAAAGUUUGGUAUUUUGAUGAUACAAACAAAAAAGAUCCUAUGGUCUUGAUGAAUAUGGAUUUUAGAAGAGAUAUAAAAACAUCAUGUACUUGUUCAAUCAUGUGAGAUUUUAUAAAUUACAUCUUCUACAUAAUUUAUAUUAUAUGUUAAAUUUCAAGAAUAUUUACAAACUAUUUAUUCAAGCAAAACCUACACCAAACCCAAAUUUUUUGAAAUUUAUUCCAGAUGGUAAAUAAGUAAUGCUUAAUGGAACCUAUGAUUUUUCAAGGCCAAGAGAAGCAAAAUGUUCACCUUUGGCUUAAAAACUAUUUAUGAUUGAUGGUGUGACUAGAGUAUUUUAUGGAAAAGAUUAUAUUUCUAUUUCUAAAAAGGAAGAAAGUAAAUGGGAAGAACUAAAACCAUAGAUAUUUGAACAAAUAAUGGAACAUUAUUAAUUAGAUUAAGAUGGAUAAGAAAAAUAAUUGAUCAUUGAUGGAUUUUCAGAAAAUUAAGACACUAAAAUUAACGAUAAUGAUUCAGAAGUACAUAAUUUAUUUAAAUAGGCUAUUCAAUUAAUUAAAGAAAUUAUUGACACUAGAAUAAGACCUACAGUCUAAGAGGAUGGAGGAGACAUUGUCUUUCGAGAUUUUGAUGAAUAAAAUGGAAUUGUUCAUUUAUAUAUGAAAGGUUCAUGUGCAGGAUGUCCUUCAUCUUCUGUUACUCUCAAAAAUGGAAUAGAAAGAAUGUUAUGUCAUUAUGUUGCAGAAGUCAAAGAAGUUCUUGCUUAAGAUUAUAUUGGUUCUGAUUGA